CCUCCAUCAUUCAAUAUGGCUUCCACGUUUCUUCAUCUCCUCCUCUGCUCCAUUCUUCUCUCAGUCCUCUCUCCAUCCCUAGCCCAGACAUCUUUUCGUCCUAAAGCUCUCGUUCUUCCAGUCUCCAAAGAUGCUGCCUCCCUUCAGUACAUCACCCACAUCAACCAGAGAACCCAUCUAGUCUCCAUACCUCUCACCCUCGAUCUUGGCGGCCAGUUUCUAUGGGUGGACUGCGACCAGGGCUAUGUUUCAUCUUCCUACAGGCCGGUCCGUUGCGGGUCGGCCCAAUGCUCCCUUACCAGGUCUAAAGCUUGUGGAGAGUGUUUCUCUGGGCCAGUAAAGGGAUGCAACUACAGCACCUGUGUUCUGUCCCCUGACAAUACCGUAACUGGGACUGCAACAAGCGGUGAGGUGGGCGAAGAUGCUGUAUCCAUCCAAUCCACUGAUGGGUCAAACCCGGGCCGCGUUGUUUCAGUCCGUCGAUUGCUUUUCACUUGUGGAUCGACAUUUCUAUUGGAAGGCCUUGCCAGUGGGGUCAAAGGAAUGGCCGGUCUUGGAAGGAGUCGGGUUGCACUCCCUUCACAAUUCUCAUCUGCCUUCAGCUUUAAUAGGAAAUUCUCGAUUUGCCUGAGUUCUUCCACAAAGUCUACUGGUGUCGUGUUCUUUGGGGAUGGGCCUUAUGUUCUGCUGCCUAAAGUUGAUGCCUCCCAAUCCCUUACCUACACCCCACUGAUUACUAAUCCUGUAAGCACUGCAUCCGCUUAUUUUCAGGGCGAGGCUUCUGUGGAGUACUUCAUUGGAGUAAAGUCCAUUAAGAUCAACGGAAAAGCCGUGCCGUUAAAUGCAACAUUGUUAUCCAUUGACAGCCAAGGCUACGGAGGAACCAAGAUCAGCACAGUCCAUCCUUACACGGUCUUGGAGACUUCAAUCUACAAAGCUCUCACCCAAGCCUUCCUCAAAGAACUUUCAACCAUCACCAGAGUGGCUUCAGUGUCACCUUUCGGGGCAUGCUUCAGCUCAAAGGACAUCGGUAGCACACGCGUCGGUCCGGCUGUGCCGCCCAUUGACCUCGUGUUGCAGAGAAAGAGCGUGUACUGGAGGGUGUUUGGCGCAAACUCGAUGGUUCAGGUGAGUGACAAUGUGUUGUGUCUGGGAUUUGUGGAUGGAGGCGUGAACCCCAGGACUUCAAUCGUGAUAGGGGGGCAUCAACUGGAGGACAAUCUUUUACAGUUUGAUUUGGCCACUUCAAGGCUGGGCUUCAGCUCAUCGCUUCUGUCCCGGCAGACCACCUGUUCUAACUUCAACUUCACAUCUAAUGCUUGAAGGGUUUCAAUACCUUUACCAUACAACUACAUACGGAGAAGUGAUGAUCGUAUUAUUCAAAUUAUUGUUUAUGCGUCUUCCUACUUUUCUGGACUAAUUAAUAAAUUGCCAUGUUUGCUACUUUCCAAGUAAUGGCCUAAUAAAAUGUAAACAGUGUUGAUUCCUUGAUGUCUCUUUACUCAAAUGAUGAAAUACUAUAUAUGCAUUACUAUUGGAUUGAGUGCUCUUCUUAUUACUUAAACCCAAAUUAUCAUUUUAG